AGAAAAUGAAACAUGUAAAUGACGUGCCUAUAUGUUAGCCAAUUUAAAAUUUUACCUAGCUGAACUUUUGAUCAUAACUAUUAGGAAACAAACAAACUAUUGAUAACAAAAUGAGAAUAGCGCAUAUGACUUUUUCGUUCUUAUGAAACUAAACUGCACAGGCAUAAAUGGAUCAGAAUUGCUUUAUUGCUCAUAUAGUAGGAUACGGGUUUUUCCUAACAUGGCUGCGCAUCAAACAUUUUCCUUUCAACAACUUCAUAUUACAGGAAAGCUGCCCACUCACUUCCUCAGCAUCAGACGCAUGUCUCAGCUGGGACACCUUAAGAAAAGAGCAAAAACAAACCGAAGAGCUUCGGCCAGCAUCACAUUGUCAAACCGACGCGGAUACGUUAACAUGCCUGACAAGUUCACUCUGCUCACUUUCGGCUUUUGUUUCAUACUUCACAAUGUUUGCAGUUGGACUGUGAGCGAACCUCUCGACCACACAUUCAAUGAAGACGACUCUGUCAGCGUCACGUGCACGAUUUAUGCAAAUGAAACGUUUCAGGUGGAAGCUAAAUUGAAAAUGAACGGUAAAUAUGUUUGUGAGGUUUAUAACAAAAGCCAAGUGCAGGACACAAGUAAAAUUAACUGCAAAUGGCAUCGCGAGGGCAACAAAUUCACGUUUACCUUAAUGAAACCCGAGGGCUUACACAAAAAUGAAUUUUCCUGUGAGAUUUCCAAAGUUAAACCAUUUCCAAUUGAACGCGAAGAAGGACCGAAAACUAAGCUUUUCCGAGGUUGCAAUAAGUCUUUGGCUUCACUGAAGAGCAGUUGUCCGUUCACUAACCAAACCGAUAACCAGAAUCAUACACCUGUAAAAAGGGACACACCUGAAGAAAUAUACACCCUAUUAAUCUGCAGUCUGAUAAUAGUGGUGGUACUGCUGUGUGUUUACAGCAUGAUUAUUACUGCAUUCUACAUCAGACUGAGGGAGAAAAAGCCCGAGUCUUUAGAUACAUUGACCUAUGUCCCGAUGCAGAGGAACGUAAAGCGGCAUGAUCUAGAGAACACAGAAUAUGUGGACAUGCGUGAAGUGCAGAAACAGGGAGGAUCCCACAGAGAUAUGAACCACAACUCUCAUCUUGCCUGAACCCAUUUCUAGUGGCCCGUGAUUUGACGGCUCUAGGAUUGCUGGGUGAAUUUUAGUCUACACUAUAUUUCAUGACAAAACGAUUGCCUUUCUACCAAACAAAGCAGACCUUCUUCUUUCAUUUCCGGUCUUGAUGUUCUCUGCAUCAGAUGGUUUCAUCUGGUGACUUGUACAACUUAAGUUGAAUUGUAGCUAUGCCAAGUUAAAUGUAUGUACAGUAUCAGCUUGGGCAUUUUUCUCAUUAUCAUUUUGAUCCCAUGGACCAGUAAUCAAUGAUAAGAUUUGUUUGGUUCAGUGCUUUUUCUACAUUUCUUUAUGACAAUAAAUAUAUAAAACAGAGAGUAUGUGGAACGCUGAAUUACAUUUGCUGACUAUAAGGUGAAAUAAAUAAAGAUAAGAAAAA